AUGGACGAAGACCCAGAAAUCACCCUCCCAAAACUCACCUCCCAACUAACCACCACCCCCCAAGCCUUCCCAACCUGCUGCCUCUCAAUCUCCACCCCCCUCCUCGAAACCCUCACAAGCCUCCUCCCCAAGAAACCAGACUACACCGUCUCAAUCGGCAGCGGCAGCGGCCUCCUGGAAGCCCUGCUAACGCACACCAACGCCUCGCUCCAAAUCGAAGGCGUCGAAGUAAACCCCACCGUGAACCGCUACAUCGCUGAACAAGACAUGCACGUCGUCUCGGGCACGUGGGAUCUGCUGGCGUCGCGCGUGCCCGGCGCGAAGGCGUGGAUGUUUGUCUAUCCGCGCGAGCCGAAGCUGGUGGACAGGUAUAUUGAGGCUUUUGGGAAGGAGGGGGGGGUGGUGGAGGUGAUUUUGUGGUUGGGGCCCAGGGCGGAUUGGGCGGAUUAUGUGGGGUGUUUUGAUGGGAGGGGGUUUGGGGUUGAGAGGGUUGUGGGUUGUGAGGGCGGGUUGGAGGGUUUUGAGAUGUUGGGGGUUGUUAGGCGGGUGGUCAGUUCUGUUUAG